CUGCAGCUUGUUGCCAUGCCAUUAUCAUUUCUGCCCUCUCCCAUCUCCAUCCAUCCCUUUUAUCUAUUUUGCAUCUGCAUUUCCAUUGCACUCCUUUACACCACCGAGCUUUCUUUCUGUCUUGCUCCAAGAAAACUUUUAAGCCAGCUAGGGAUUAAUUGGUCGAUCGAUUCAUCCAUUGAUCGAUCGAUCAGCUUGGGAGAGGGGGAGCUACGCUGAGGCCGGUGAAGUGGCGGCGGCGGCGGCAAUGGCGGCGGACCUGGGCUUCGAGGCGACCGAGCUCCGGCUCGGCCUGCCCGGCGGCGAUGGGGAGGCGGCGAGGAGCUCCUCCUCCGGGAAGAGGGGCUUCGCUGAGACCUGCAUCGACCUCAAGCUGAAGCUGGAGCCGGCUGCCACGGCUGUGGUGGACGACGAGAAGGAGGAAGCGGCGGGCGAGGAGGACGUCGACGCGUCGCCGCCGGCGUCCGGCGGGAUGAAGAGGUCGCCGAGCCAGAGCAGCGUCGUCACCGCCGCCGUUCAGCUUCCCGACCCCGGCAAGCCACGGGCUCCCAAGGCACAGGUGGUGGGGUGGCCGCCGGUCCGGUCGUUCCGGAAGAACAUCCUGGGCCUGGGCCUGCCGGAGAAGAAGGAGAAGGAGAAGGAGAAGGCGUUGGUGAAGGUGAGCAUGGACGGCGCUCCAUACCUGCGCAAGGUCGACCUCAGCAUCUACACCUCCUACCUCGACCUCUCCAACGCACUCCAGAACAUGUUCACCUCCAUUGGAAACUGUGGAUCUCAGGGGAUGAACGGCAUGAACGAGAGCAAGAUUGCUGAUCUGCUCAACGGCUCUGAAUACGUGCCAACCUACGAGGACAAGGACGGCGACUGGAUGCUCGUCGGCGACGUCCCAUGGGAGAUGUUCGUUGAAUCAUGCAAGCGCCUUAGGAUAAUGAAAGGAUCAGAAGCUAUUGGCCUUGCACCAAGGGCAAUGGAGAAAUGCAAGAACAGAAGCUGAGGAAGACAAUAAGGCCAUCAAACAGAUGGAAUAUCAUCUGAUGCAAGAACCUAUCUAUAGCUUCUUUUUUUUUCUUAAUUGCAGCUUUGCUCAUCUCUGUAUCAUACUCGCAGUCCUCUCCAAAUCUCUGUACCUCCUGAUCAGUGAAACUGUGAAAGUCAUUUUGGUUGUGUGGUCAGUUCUGUUGCAGUCAUUAAGUCCCCAAGUGUCAUCUUGUCUUAUACAUAAGAAAGAAGCCAAGAACAUGUACCAGUAGUACCUGUCCCAUAAUUAUGUAUUUUUUGCUCUCCCUGUUCUUCCCUUUCUCUCUCUAUAUAUCUCUCUUUUUACCUUAAUGGGACAAAAAUGUAAAGGCACCCUGCUCAAAGGGACCUCAAUGCAUACUGUCCAUCAAAAGCUUGUUUAAUUAUCAUCAUGCUGUACCCAUCAAACAAAUAAUUAUUACUGCAAGGUGUUAAGUGUUAAUCAACUGUAUUGUAUGAGGAUGGUGCCUGCCCCCUUCCUUCUAUUAAUAGUUUGAUUAAUGCUGCAUUACAUUGAAA